GAAUAACCAUUAUUUACAUUAUGCUUUCAUCUACUUUUGUUUCCUUUUAUUGCUGGAGUUACUAUUUAUGAUUUUAGGUAUGAUUGCUGCAGAAUUUUCUGGCAUGCAUAUGUAUUCUGGCUGUUGACUUCAAGAUAUUUCCUAGGAGAUAUGCUAAAACAGAGACCUACGGUACUGGCUUGAUGGACAUUGGAGUAGGUUCGUUUAUUGUGGCAAAUGCAUUGGUUUCACGACAAGCACGUGGAAUUGCAAAAACGAAUUUGAGAAAUGCAAUUUCUUCAACUUGUCUACUCAUAGUCCUGGGAUUUGCUCGAAUCUUUUUCACUUCAAGUGUUGAUUAUCAGGUUCGCGUUGGUGAAUAUGGUGUGCACUGGAAUUUCUUUUUCAUUCUUGCUGGUGUAGCAAUUUUGACAUCGAUAAUUAAUCUUCCACCAAGUUAUUGUGGAAUUCUGGGGUGGUUUAUUCUAGUAGUAUAUGAGGUCAUCCUGUUGCUUGGGCUAAAUGAAUAUCUUCUUUCAAAUGACAUCAUCAGUCAAAACAAAGAAGGGAUUUUUAGCAUUUUUGGUUAUUGGGGGUUGUACCUUGUUUGUGUCCAACUAGGCAACUAUCUUUUCUUUGGAAAACCUGGAGAUGAUGUGUUGAGGACAAACGAUUGGGCAAGGAUUAGAGUCUGGAUUAUCUGUCUUCUAUUCUGGUUGUUGACCGUUUUGCUAGAUAGGCAUGUUGAGAGGGUUUCUCGCAGAAUGUGCAACCUGGCUUAUGUUACUGUAGUAUUGGCUAUGAACCUUCAGAAUGUGGAAUUGUCUAUUCCCUGUGGCUCCUUUUGUUUGCUUGACUGUGGUAGCUACUCAUUCCAUCUAUCCAUGAUUCUUCUUCCGAACAGUUCUACACUUGUAAAUGGAGUUUGCGCUUGCAGAAAUACAUGUUAGUCUUAUCGGAUGGAUGUACUUUUGUGUCUUUAAGUUCAUGGGUUUUCUGACGUCAGCUCUCAUCAGUUAUUUCAAGACUGAGUGCAA